AUGAGCGCUGGGCCGCAGGACAGCGAGCGACAGACGGUCCCCGAUCCUCCGCUGGAGACGAUCAAAGAGACAAACAGUCCCCCAGAACCUCUUAGCCCACAAGGAGCGCCGAAGACUCAGGAUCCAGCGUCACCGACGUCGCCAACGCCGCCAGAUGAUGUGAAUCUGAAUAACAGCUACCAAGUCGCCGAGCGCAACAACAAACCUUCACGGCCCGGUCCCCAGCCUGCGCAUCGUCCAGACCCGCCGGCCACGUACGGCUCGUGGAGGAAUUUCAUGAGAAGACAGCCCACCGAGACCAGGAGCCUGUCUUACAGAUCUCAACCACCAUCGCAACUCGCCAGAAACCAGCCCAGUCAGAACACAAUCACUUCAUCGCCGUCCUAUUCACUAGCGGGACCGGGGUCGACUUAUUACCAGCCUGCGCCCGACAAAGUCUACGUGGACCCGGAGUACCAAGAUUAUAAUCCCCGGUAUGGUUGCAACAACGAGGCCCCCGUCUGGGGAUUGGCCAAGCCCCUUCCGAGAGUAGUGAGGCCUGGAAUGCGACGCGACCAGAGCCAGCAGAAAAUGGCUUCUGCGGGUACCCCCAAUGGCCAGACGCAACCGGCUCCUGAAAUGGGCACGACACCGGGUAUGCCGUCGGGCCAGUCGCCAGAAACUGUUCAGUCGCCUUCGGCGGCGCAUCAUGAAAAGGCUCACGAACGUACAGUUAAUGCUCCUCAGCCAGGCGGAUUGCUACGCCCGGUGCAGUCCGAGAUCAGCUUUGAUCAGCAUGAUCAGACCGACGAAAACUACGAACCCGGACCACCGUCGGAGGAAUUUGUCAAUACGUGGGCCAAGUAUCGUCACCUCCUGAAGGAACCGCUCGCUGAGUGGUUAGCUACCUGUGUCGCCGUCUUCAUCGGCCUGACGGGAACGCUAGCAGUUUCGACAGGCGGGUCUCAGGCUGGCAAUCGUCUCUCCGAAAAUUGGGCAUGGGGUCUAGGUUUCAUGGUUGGGAUCUACCUGGCAGGAGGAAUAUCCGGUGCGCACCUCAAUCCCGGCAUUUCCAUCUCGUUGUGGGUCUUUCGAGGGUUCCCUGGCCGUCGAUGCUGCAUGUACGUGGUCGCUCAGAUUCUCGGUGCAAUCACCGCCGCGGGUUUGGCAUACUGCAUCUACAGAGAUGCCAUUCUCGCUCUUGCUCCCAACGUGCCUGCCGGUGCUUCGGGCCUGGGGUUCUACACAGAGCCACAGAACUACGUUCGUCCGGUGACGGCCUUUUUCACAGAGUUCAUUGCCGAUGCGAUCUUGGUCUGUGUGAUCUUCGCAAUGGGAGACGAUAGCAAUGCCCCGCCAGGUGCGGGUAUGCAUUCCUUCGUCAUAGGUCUGGUGAUCUACGUUUUGUGUAUUUGCCUAGGAUAUGGCACAGGAGGAUGUCUGAACCCCGUGCGAGACUUUGGGCCUCGCCUUGUGGCACUAAUGGCUGGCUACGGAUCCGAAACGUUCACCGCACACGGUGGCUGGUGGUUCUGGGGUGGCUGGGUGGCCACAAUCAGCGGCGCUCUCACGGGGGCGGUCCUGUAUGACACCUUUAUCUUUAUUGGAGGCGAGUCACCCAUCAACUAUCCUCGUCGACGAAGAAGAAGAGCGAAGUUGAAGAAGGAAAAGAAAUGGCGUCGUCGACUCGGGAUUGGGAAGGAAAAGCUCCCGUCGCUCGAGGAAGGCAUCAAGAAUCUGGAGGAUUGA